AUGGAUGAGGACCGCACCGCAUCUCUCUUCCCCCUCAUCAUCCUCUCAGUCCACAGCAGCCACAGGCCACAUGUACCGCACGGCAGCGGCGGGACCACCAUUCGGACGGCUGCGAGCCAAUCGGACUGUGCAGUUGAUGUGGAUCCUUUUUCCCCGUGUCUGCGUACAGCCGCCGUGCUCCUCCAUUCUUCUUUUUCUUCCUGUGUAUGCCGUGCGCGUAUGAGUUCGCUGUUUCUUGUGCUGUGCCGACUCAUUGGUCACACCAGCGACGCUAGUGGUCAUGUUUGUUUUUGCCGGGACCCUGUUACCUGGGACGGCGGCUGUGUGGGGUUGCGCGGGCGGUGCGAGGGUGAUGGUGCUACUGAAUUGAUUGCGUCUGCGCGGUUUCCUGUUGGCGUUUGUACUGUGGUGGUUAUUGUGUAUUACCGGAUGCCUCGGCGUGCCACUGUGUUUGGUUACUGUGGUUGCUUCCUUUUAUUCCCUUUCUGA